CCAAAUUUUGUGAGUUGCAUUCAAAGCCUUAGAAAUUAAUUUUAAUUACGAAGAUGAGCAAGUUCGUGGGGUUGCUUUUGCUGCUUUUGAUCACUGUGGCCAUUGCUGAAUACGAUCACCAUCCUGAACAUGAGAAACAUGGUCCAUGUGGGAAGUUCAGCACACAAAGAAUGUUGACACAUAAGCUUCGCCACUGCGAAAAGGCUGCACGAAGCAUAAGGGCUCCUGUUUCUUCACAAUGCUGCAAAGACCUCGCUAAGGUCAGCAUCCCUUGCUUGCAUGCUGUCUUCUCUUCCGAUGCCUUCAAGAAAGUUGGUGUUGAUCCCAAAAUCGCAAUCACCAUUCCCCAUCGUUGCCAUUUUGCCAAGCCAUAAACCACCAGCUCAUAGAAGACUGAGAACGUUGGUUACACAACCUGAAGUUUUACAAGUCCUGAAAGCUUCAGGCUACAGUCUCCUUUGUUCUGUAUACCGUUAAUAAUUUGAGCUCGCUAUAGAGGCUCAUAAAUAAGUUACUUUGUAACAACUUUAUCAUCUAUAAAAUAACUUUUAUGCUCUUCUAAACAA